GUAUAAUCCUAAUCCUAAUCCGACAAUACGGUUCGAAAAUUCCCACGAUAAGAGCCCCACCGGUUGUUUCCAAUUGCAAACUGUUGAUCUUCAUCUUCGUUCCGUUGACGAUCCUUUUCAACUGUUCAACCCUCCCCCAAUCUCUCUCUCUCUCUCUCUCUCUCUCUCUCUCUCUCUAUCCACUAAGGUUUUUGAAUUCGAUUUGAGGUUGUGAUCAUCGCUAUAAGCUUCGAUGAAAGGUGAAUUACAGCUGGAGCCAUCGGGGGAGCGGAACCCUAGCGAUUCCGAUCCUCUCCUUCAAAAUCAGCAUGUCGAUUCACCCUCUUCGUCUUCGCCUUCAUCGGUGAGUUCGGGUGAGAUAAAAAAUGAGGAUAUUGAAGCUGGUUCUGUUGCUUGUUGUCGAAUUUGCCUUGAAUGUGAUGGAGAGGAAGAUGAUGAAUUGAUAUCCCCAUGCAUGUGCAAAGGCACUCAACAGUUUGUGCAUCGCUCAUGCCUUGAUCAUUGGCGAUCAGUCAAGGAAGGAUUUGCUUUUUCACAUUGCACAACUUGCAAAGCUCAAUUUCAUCUUCGAGUUGAGGAGUUUGAAGACAACUCCUGGCGUAAAAUAAAAUUCAGAGUUUUUGUGGCCAGGGAUGUUUUCCUGGUAUUUUUGGCUGUUCAAACUGUAAUUGGUGCAAUGGGUGGGUUUGCAUACGUUAUGGACAAAGAUGGAUCUUUCAGGAAUUCAUUCAAUGAUAGUUGGGAUCGUAUACUAUCAAAGCAUCCCAUACCAUUCUACUAUUGUAUAGGAGUGCUGGCCUUCUUUGUGCUGCUUGGGUUCUUUGGACUCGUACUACACUGUUCCUCCCUUAAUAGUAAUGACCCGCGCAUGGCUGGUUGCCAGAACUGCUGUUAUGGAUGGGGCAUUUUGGACUGUUUUCCUGCAUCAAUGGAAGCCUGCUUCGCUUUGGUUAUUGUCUUUGUUGUCGUUUUUGCUAUUCUGGGCAUAGCUUAUGGUUUCCUUGCAGCCACUAUGGCCAUCCAAAGAAUCUGGCAGAGACACUACCACAUCCUCACCAAGAGGGAACUCACAAAGGAGUACAUAGUAGAGGAUUUACAUGGCUGUUACGCCCCUCCAAAACUGGAUCCGGAACACGAAGAG